AUGCGAAAGCGACAUGACGGCGGGGCGGACCCGCCAGCUUUACCUCUCCCUGACAGUAGUCCGACGCAGAACCAGGUUGUAGCGCCGCACAUUGCUCCCUUGCCUUCAUCCCCCCCGUUGUCUUCUUCGUCGGCGCCGUCCUCUGCUUCCGCUCCCUCUGCAUCCGCGUCAUCAUCAACUUUCGCGCUUGCAUCACCCUCUGUGGCUGAGGCCGCAUCUUCUUCAUCCUCUGCGGCCUCUGUGUCCGGGUCCUCUGCUUCUGGAGGCCGGCACCCAGCUGGCACGGCUUCUCUUGCUUCGGUCUCUCCCUCCGUUCUUCUCGCGGAGAGCCUUGCCUCGUCUUUGCCGUUCUUGCCGCAUUCCGAGGACUCGUCGUCUCCAUCGCCGCGCACGUCUUCUCCCGCGAAAGAGGAAGCAAUGAAAAUGCACGCCGGCGCUUCCGCUGCUUCUCCCCCUCUGCAGCCUGCCGGAGACUCGCGGGCCCCUGGAGGCUACGACGAGAAGCCUCACGACGCUCUUCUCCCCGCCCCAGACCGGGAGAUUGGCUCGUCGGCUCUCCUGCCGCCGUCGGUGACUUCCAGCGCUGCCGCAGCCUCCCCGCCAGAUGCGACCUCGCUUUAUGGCCAAGCGCAGCUGAUGCGCUCGGCCUCCGACCGAGGGGAGAGGCUGAGCAGGGACAGUCGGAGCCUCUCGCGCUCGAUGGCCCAGCCGCGGUGGUCGCUGGGACCCUUUGGAGCCCAAGGCUUUCGCGCCGCGGCCGCGGUCGCGGGCGUCCCCGCGCUGCGGCUCGAUAGCCUGCGGAGAAACGGAGACGAACAGGAUGCGGAAGACGACUGGGUAGAAGCGGGCGAUGGAGCCUCGGCCGCACGCGCUAGCAGGGAUGGAGAGGAGCGUGGCAAUGCGACGGAAGAAGAGCCAGAGGAUGAGAAAGCGAGUGAAGACGGCCGUGAACACGAUACGGUGCUCGAAUUCUGCGGAAGCGGUGCCGACAUGCCAGACUCGAUGAUUCUGGGAGACGAAUCCGACGAGGCCUCGGAGGAGGCAGUGAGCAUCCCGCCGCCCGAGGGCGAUGAGGACAGCGAGGCAGAGAGCACGGCGCCUGAGUCGCUCUCUCCGGAGGAUAUGCUGUACGAGGGUGGCGUCCAUCCGCGCCGCCGGAGUGCUUCAGACGACUCCGUUGCCGCUCUCCAGGGCUUCAACUUCCUCUACACCAGUGCACUUCAGAAGUCAGGCAUUUCGUGUUGCGGCUAUUUGAAGAAGCGAAGUCCGAACAGAUUCGCAGGAUGGCAGCGGCGCUGGUUUGUGCUGAAGGACAAGCGUCUCUUGUACUACAGACAGACGGGGGAUCGCACGCCGGCGGGGCGAAUCGAUCUGGAGCUCGUUAAAAUCAAAAUUGAGUGCCUCUGGGAUCCGCGGCGGUUCCACGGUGGCCUCCUCUGCCACAGCAGCAGCCUGCUGGAGCCCUCGGCGGGCAGCUACUCUGUCGCAAGUGGAUGGAUGGAAUUGAUUUGCUGCGGGAGCGGUCCGAAGGGUUCGCAGCUCGUGGGGGCGACGAACGACCUGCAAAAGGAAGUUCGCUUCCGUUUGAAACCCGUGGGCAGCAAGCGCGUCUUCGAGCUCGCGGGGCCGUACGCCGAAGUGGUGGAGUGGAUCGACAAGUUGAGGCAAGUCGUGAAGGCCUGCAACGUCUCGGAGCGCGACGUCUGCCGCGUCACUAGGCAGAGGGGCUUCUGGAAAGUCGAGAGGAUCUCCCCGGCCAAGUUCGAAGAAGUUGUGGACACGGGAGAUAUCAUUCUGUUCAGAACGAAGAAGUUCCACGCGCAACUGCAGCGCGCGGUGACUCGAGGGCACUACGACCACCUUGGCAUGAUUCUGAGGAGUCAAGAGAACGCCAUCUUUCUGCUCGAGAGCAUGGGAGAUACUGGGGUAAUUAUGACUCCGUGGAGGACCUUCGUCCAGGCCAAAUGGUACACGGCCUAUCGCAAAAUGGUCUUGCGUCGCCUCCGAUGGCCGAGGGAGCAGAAACAGCUGGACAGGCUCCUCGUGUUUCUCAAAAACGUCGUCGGAAGAGGCUAUGAGCUCACGUUCAAGAAGCUGUUCGCCAGUGGCCUCACCCCUUCGGCUGAUAAUCCGGAUAAGGGCUUUUUCUGCUCCGAGCUCGUCGCGGCGGCUCUCAAGGAGAUUGGCGCUCUUCCUGAGGAUGCGCUGUGCGCGCGCUACUGGCCCCAGAGUUUCGCGGCAGGAAGUAAUUUAAAGCUCUGUGACGGCUACGAGCUCGACGAGGAACUCAUGGUUGACUUUUGUCUGCGCUCGGCCGGAAAAAGGCGCCCGCGACUCAGAAAGAAGCUCGAGGGCCGCACAGUGCCGCUGCCAAACCGGAACAAGAUCGAGGAGUUGCCGGAUAAUGCCUCCCCACAGGUGGCAGCCACUGGCGAGUCGUUGGGCGUUAAUGGAGCGUCCUUUUUAGGCAGCGCGGCUGUUCAGAGAGAAGAACGCGCUCCAGCCGAGAACACGCCGCUGGAUAACGAACUCUAA